UUAAAGCACUCGGACUUCUUGUCACCACCAGUCAGCCAUGAAGCUUCAGGGUGCAGCACUGAGCACCGUGUUCCUGCUCGCUCUGCUCUCAUCUGAGUGCUGGGGCAGGAAUGAGGAGGAGCGUCUGAUCAACUACCUGAUAAAAGAGAAAGGAUACAACAAAGAGCUGCGUCCCGUUGAGAAGCAGCAGGAAGCCGUCGACGUUUACCUCGCACUCACACUCUCUAACCUCAUCUCUCUGAAAGAAGUCGACGAGACUCUGCUGACCAACGUAUGGAUAGAGCACACUUGGACAGACUACCGGCUGUCGUGGAAUAUGACAGAGUUUGACGGCAUCGAUAUACUUCGUCUGCCGACCAGCAUGGUUUGGCUGCCAGAGAUUGUGUUAGAAAACAAUAACGACGCCCAGUUCCAGGUGGCCUACUACUGUAACGUACUGGUGUAUUCUACUGGUCUCUGCUACUGGUUACCUCCCGCCAUCUUCCGCUCCUCUUGCUCCAUCAACGUCAACUACUUCCCAUUCGACUGGCAGAACUGCACGCUCAAAUUCACCUCUCUGACCUACAACGCCAAAGAGAUCAGGAUGCUGCUGAAGGAAGACGAGGACGAAACCAGCAAAUGGACGGUGGAGUGGAUCAUCAUUGACCCUGCCAGCUUUACAGAGAACGGUGAGUGGGAGAUCAUCCACCGACCAGCCAAGAGAAACACCUACAAGCACAUUCCCAUGGAGAGCAACAAGCACCAGGACAUCACCUUCUACCUGGUCAUCAAACGCAAACCUCUCUUCUACAUCGUCAACAUCAUCAUUCCCUGUGUGCUCAUCUCCUUCCUGGCCUCGCUCGUCUACUAUCUGCCCGCUGACAGUGGUGAGAAGAUGACUUUGUCCAUCUCAGUGCUGCUGGCUCAGUCUGUCUUCCUGCUGCUGAUCUCUCAAAGGCUGCCGGAGACUUCCAUGUCUGUUCCACUUAUUGUCAAAUAUUUGAUGUUCAUCAUGGUGUUGGUGACGAUCGUGGUGCUGAACUGUGUGGUUGUCCUGAACCUGCACUUCAGGACACCGAGCACACACGUCAUGUCAGACUGGACCAAGAGGUUCUUCCUUGAGCGGCUGCCCCGCAUCCUGCGUAUGUCCCAGCCCUCAGAGCCGGAGCCUUACUGGGACGGAGCGUUGCCAAGGCGAUCCAGCUCAGUGGGCUACAUCGCCUCGGCGGAGGAGUACUACAGCGUCAAGUCCCGCAGUGAGCUGAUGUUCGAGAAACAGUCGGAGAGGCACGGACUGACGGCACGAGCCACACACGCAGCAAUUGUAAAGCCGCCGGAAGACGGGGGGGUGACGGAUCAGCUGUAUGCGGAGAUCAAGCCGGCUGUGGACGGAGCAAACUACAUCAUCAAACACAUGCACCACAAGAACGACUACAACGAGGAGAAAGAUAACUGGAGCGGCAUUGCUCGUACGGUGGACCGCCUCUGUCUCUUCCUGGUUACCCCGGUGAUGACCAUUGGCACCAUCAUCAUCUUCCUGAUGGGAAUCUGUAACCACCCUCCACACCUGCCCUUCAAAGGAGACCCGCACGACUACAGCGAGGAAACCCCACGCCUGCUGUGACGCACGCACACACACACACACACACACACACACACACACACUGCUUUGUUGCUUUUUAAUUAUUUUUGCUUGACAACCAGGUACAUGGAUGUGUGUGUUUUUUCUUCACUUAAAUUUGAAGUGAAUAACUAAAUCAGUAUAAUGCUAUUUAAAUUAUAUUUGUGUGGUUUGAAUAAACAUUUACACUCUGCAGA